GAGACGAAGACGGAAGCAUCCAGGUCACGUGUGGUUUAUAACUAAAUAAACAAAAUACAACAACGACUAGCCUGCAGUCGUGUAUGAAAACGAAGUGGAAAGUCAUUAUACGUCAGCCGGGGCCUGCAGAUACCCACGGACUUUCAUAGAAUCCGCUAACGUUAGUUAUGCCAUACAAGGCAUGGCAGACAAACAGGACAAUGAGGUGGAGGAGGCAGACCAGGUGUACCUGCUGAUGAAGGAGGAGUACCGUAUCUCACGCAACGUACGUCUGGCCUGGUUUCUGGGCAAGCUCAAUCAGGUCAUCUGGCCGGUCCCAAAGUCUGAACUGCUGAACUCUGAGAAUGAGCUGGACCUGCUCAGCAUCCUGCCCAAGGGAUGGCAGCCAGACUUCUCCCCCUCCACCCUGCCCUACCUGCUGGUACCCUCCACCCGGGUCACCUUCCUAUCCCGCAGGUACCGCUUCAUCAUCGAGCUGGACCUCAGCCCCUCCACUGGCAUUGUGGAUGACAGCACAGGGGAGAUUAUAUUUGACGAGGUGUUCCAUGCCUUGUCACGAUGCUUAGCUGGACUGGUCCGACCCUUCAAAGUUCCAGGCACAGAUCUGUUAUUUCAGCCGGAAAUCUACAUCACUAUCCUGGCUUAUUCCUCCAUCAUUGGGCUCAAUACACACCAGGUGCUGGUGCAGGGUUGUCAGCUGGAUCGUACAGACCUGGACAGUUUCCUACACCAGAUCUAUCAGCAGCUUCGGUCAGUGGAGAACAGCAUAGCAGAGGUCCUACAACAUCAUCACGGUCAUCUUCAACAGCAGCAUGACCUUUUGCAGCAGCACGACCACCUUCAGCAGCCUGACCAGUUUGAUGGGCCAAUCCCGUGCCCUGGGUUCGGCAGUGACAUGAUCAUGGAGGAGGUGCCUGUGAGGAAACAUGGCGUUUCCAUGGUGACUGCAGACGUAGGGCUGGUCAGCAUGGUGCGACAGGGCAUCCUAGCUCUACAGCUGUUGCCCCCCAACUCCAUUGCAGGUGUAAUCAUAAUUACAGAUGGGGUGACCAGUGUGCCUGACGUGGCUGUGUGUGAGACCCUUCUGAACCAGCUCAGGAGUGGAACCAUCACCUGCUCCUUCAUUCAGGUGGGUGGGGCCUACUCAUACGACUGUAGUUUUGGGUACAUCCCUAACGUUGAGCUGAUGAAGUUCAUCUCCUUGGCGACCUUUGGCUUCUACCUGUCUAGCUGUCCUGAGCCUGACCUGGCCAGUCAGGACAUGAACACCUACCACAAGGCCUUCCUCACAUACUCUUUCCUCAAGACCAGUGAGUCCAUGAAACCUGAGUACUACUGUGUGUCUCAGCACAAGCUGUUCAAUGAGCACCUGGUGUCAGCCCGUGGGAACCCUGUGUUAGUGAUGAGGAGGAAGAAGCACACAGAGAAGGAGGUGCACGCCCACCUGGUCAGUGUGGUGUCGGUCAGACUGAGAGAGGGAUACACCAUCAGGGAGAUCAACCUUACCAAAGGUGGCACCCAGCUGGAGGUGAAGCUGGUGUUGCUAUGGAAACACAACAUGCAAAUAGAGUACCUAGCGGUGGCCCAGUGGCCCCUGGACCCUGCCAAGAGGACCACCUGGGUAGAAGUCACCAUGGAGGGAAGCUACGACAUCCUCCAUGAUAUCAGCUGUACUCUGAGGAAACCCAUCACCUCCCCAUACCGCACCUCUGUCAUACGACGAUUUUGGAACACACUGCAGAGUAUAAACCAGACGGAUCAGAUGCUGGUCCACUUGCAGUCCUUUAACUCUCUCCCAGAGAAUUACACCAUACCUGAGAGCACCAAGAACGGAGUUCCUCUCUUCUACAUCCACCCUGGAUCCACCAUGCCGGUUCUCUCCCUACAGCACAGUUGCUCUAAAGACUCCUCCCAGUCCCAGUUUGCCUCAUACUGGAAGCCCAUCCUGUCCAUGGAUGCAAACUUCUGGCAGAGAUGGCUUCACAUGCACCGCAUCACCAUCAUCCUGGAGCACGACAUGCCUUUGCCCAAGCACCUUCACACUGCCGGUAGCAACGGGCGGUUCAGCACCAUCCAGUGUCGUAUCUCUCACUCAGCCCUCACCUCCCUACUGAGGGACUGGAGCAGCUUCGUUCUGGUGGAGGGAUACUCAUACGUCAAGCUCAUAUACAGUGCCUCUGACCAGCCCCCCAACUCCUUCUAUCUGGUGCGUCUGAUCUCCAAGCUCCCCUGUAUGGUUCUGAGGCUGGGCUUUCCUAUCAGCACCCUGGCCCACACCAGGAACAAGAUAGUGGAUGAGUUGCGGGAGCAGAUCCUGAGGCUUCGCUUCCCUCAGCGCAUCCAGAACAAGGAGGCUACGCCCAAGACCAAGAGGAAGAUUCUGGGGCACGCCUCCCGCGCCAAGUCCCCUCCUCUCCCUAAUUCCAAACCUGCGUUGUCUGACCGGCCAUGUAUGGUUGUCCUCAACAAACCUCUGGAGAAACUGCUCAUCAGCUACGAUAAGCUUCCGUCAGACUUCCGGACGCCCUUCAUUCUGAACAUGGAGAACUUCACCCAGCUCCCCAGCAUGACCGCGCCCCUCAGUAUGGCAGCCAAUCGCGCAGCCUCGUCCAGCCUAGCGUCUCUUUCACGCUACUUUCUCCACCAGCGCUGGGUCUGGACGGUGCAGGGCGGCCUUGGAUCUACCGUUCCCCUACAGGCUGUGGCUCAUAUACUGUCCAUGCUGUCUGAGAUUCGCCUCUCUGAGGGCUUUCAUUUUGCUGCCAGUGGAGAUGGCAUAGUCAACAUGGUGACUGAACUGCCAAUGAAGGGGAUGCCAGAGGCGGUGGAUGGAGAGAGUCACACCUGUAUUGUCCAGUAUAUCCUGUUUCCACCUCACUCCACCUCUACCAAGGACAGUUUCUCCACAGACGAUGACAACGAUACAGAGGUGGAGGCUAUCGAUGUGGACACAGAGCUCAACCUGGUGACCGAGUGUUGGGUUGAGCCUCAGAGUAGGACAGUAUGGAGCCCCAGAGACCAACACAGACACUUCCAGGAGCUCACCUACCAGGAGAUACCCCAGGCGAUUUUCCCCCGGGAUCUGGCCACUGUGUCCACCAUGAUGACGUUUGAGUACCUGAGCCAGCUGUGCCAGAACAAGGAGCAGGUGUACCCUCCCAUCGUGGUCGGGGCAGGGGACCCCCCACCCUCUGAGGACUGCAUCCACACCGUUCCCAUCCAGUUUGACCUCAUUGAGCUGCUGCCCAAGUGCCAACAGAUAGAGAUCUUCUUCCUCACUCUCAGCAGAGUGGAGACGGAGGUGUCCCAGGGCGCCCCCUACCUGCCCAACGAACUCCUGCUUAGUCUGUUCCACAGCAGCUUGCAAAACGAGCUCAGUGACCGGGAGAUCACAUUGGCUGACCAUGAGAACGUCACCUUCAUGCAUCACAUCCUAGACAGGGAACGAGACGGACAUAUUGCACCCUUCUCUCUUCCUGUCAUCAGAGAGGAGUGCCUGAAACGUCCAGAGAGACAGGACAUGGUGAUGUCAUUCCAAACUAUAGAGCACAGUAAAGAAGUGACUGGAUCCACCAGUACCCUGCAGAGUUUCAGCAAUGCAGACCUGGUGGACGAGGAGUCAGUCCCAGUGGAGAGGGAUGGGUCUACCCCUCAGUGGAAGUGUUACGCCAAGUACAUCAGCCCCCAACAGAUCCUCCUCACCUUCCUCCCUGACACCUUCACAGAUGUCCAGAUGUUGAUGUCAUCUGGGCUGGAUACAGAGCCCCAGGGUAAUGGGGAGGAUGAUGACACCCUGAUUAUCAGCAACAAAUCACAGGCCGAUUCUCACUCUGUCUCUAUCAAUGGGCUGGAUGGUGGGUUGACUGGCGAGCUGAUGUCCCCUCUGCUUUCCCCUGGUGGUGGUGGUCCUGUGGGACCCCGGUCGCGCCUGUUCUCCCCUGGAUCUGGGAGCUCCACGGUAGAGCAUGAUAAUUGGGAGAGCCGGCCCUCUGAGCCUGAAAAUGGCACCAAAGGUGUGGAUGAGAGGGAUGGGGUGCAGUUCGCUGAGCCCCAGAAGGGAGACUUCCACAUCACGUUCAGUAGCCAGGUGUCCCAGCAGAGCUCAGGGGACCUGUCCCAUCCGUGCUGCCCUGUAUACGUCUAUAACUGUUCCCUGGACUCUCUGAAGGACCAGCUAGUCCAUCCCCACUUCAACAGGCAGCCAAGGGACAUCUUCUUCAGGUCCCUAUCUCAGGAACGCAGCAGCACCUCCUCCUGGACAGACCUGAUGUCGCAGCCUCAUAAACACAAGGAACUGGCCAACUACUGCAGCCUGCUGCAGGAGCACUACAACCACAGCUACGUCAAAGGUGUGUACCGCAGCCUACAGCAGUCCUACAGCAUCAGUUCCCAGGACGUGUUGACAGCCAUGGACUACUGUGAGGAGUCUCUCCAGGAGAUAGACAUCACUUCCUUCCUCCAGACACUCUGCGGACACAUCCGGGAGUUCCAGGAGAGCCAUGGAGACGGAGGGGUAAGGGUUCACAGCAGCACCCCUUCCACCUUCACCAUUGGAGAGGCAGAGGAGGACAGGCUUGCCAAGAGGGGACCCAUGGCCUCCUCAUCCAGUAUUGAGAUGGAGGACGUGAGUGAGGCAGAGUCCAGAGGGAAGACUUUGGCCCCCACCUCCUGGCUCGGCCUGGACGAACCCCCCAGGACCACCAGGAUGCCAGAGUUCCCUCUGUCCCUCCUCUACCUGCAGCAGAAGUGUGAGGUCUACCCUGACCUGCACAAAAUCAUACAGGACAAAUUCAUGGAAAUUAGUGCUCAGUACUUCAAGACCGUACCUUCUCAUCCCCACUACUUCUACUACAGCCCAGCAUCAUCGAAGAAAGAGGACUCUGAUGGGGAAGAGAAGAGACAACCUAGUGAAGAGGUUGUGUCAGAGGCUGAGCCUGCUACAGAGGACGAGUACAUGUCGGGCUGUUGCAUUGUGACGGAGAGCGACACAGACCUGGAGGUGGAGUACCAGGAGAGGGCUGGAGGCCGGAGAUCCCUAGGGGCAGACAGAGAGGGGGAGGCAGGGGGAGAGGGGGAGGAUGAGUCCCUGUCUGACUCCAACACAGUGAACCAGGACAAUGUCUCCUUCAAAAUCCUAGAGAGAGACAGCCUGUUGGAGCCAGAGUGGCCACAGCCUGAGAUGCCCCCGCUGUUCAUCCACCUCACCUGCUCUGUUAACAUGAAGAGCUGCCACGGAUCUAUGCCCAUAACCACGCUACCCACCUGCCUGGGUGAGGUGAUCAUGUGUCUGGAGAAUGCAGAGGCCCUGCAGGCUGUGAAUCUGAAUGAUCUGUCUGUCACACUGGACAUCUUUGUUCUCACCUUACCCCUGGAGAUAGAGGACAUGCAGUCAGACUUGAGACACAACAGGUACACGUCAGAGAGCAGUGUGUCUCUGAACCGUUCUCCAGGUCAGCCCUCUUCCUACCGCUCUAAUGAGGAUGUGAUGGGCAACCUGGACAGAGUAGUAGAGGUCGACGGGGUUGGAGGAGACUCUUUGUCCAAACUCCCAAUUCCACACAAACUAGCCGUGUUAGCUGCCAUGGAGGAGAUCCGUUGGCUCCUGGAGGAUGAGAUUGUGUCAGCUCUGCGUCACUCCCGGGUCAUCAGCUCGUCCACGCUACAGAAGGUGGCGGGUCACGUGCUUCGCUCAGGCGGGCGACCACGCUGCCACUGUGAGGUCGUUCCCUUGCAGUUUGUCUUCGGCCCUGAGCAGUCCCUGGAAAAGUUCAAAGAGGAGUUCCGUAGGAUGUCAUUCUCAGGUUACUUGCUGAAAGGAGAGCAGGACAACUUCCACUACAUGUCUCUGAGUCGACUCCACCCACAGAGGAUCCAGGCUUCUAAGAGGCUGUCUGAGAGCACUGUUAACACUGAGGGGGCGGGACAGGCCUCCCAACCCAACAAUCACUGUGCUGAUGUGGACGACAGUGCCAGGGCUCCAUCCAAUCAUGGUGCACCAGGAACAAGACCUGACCAUGAAACAGAGGUGGAGAGGGUGGAGCUAGACAGUGAGAUUUUUUCCCUCCAGGUGCAGAGAGAAGAGGAGAAGCCUGCUGUCGGGGAUGUUAGUGAUUCUGGUAAUGACCUAGCCCAGGACCCCUGCAACCUUCCAGCCAAACCCACCCGGGAUGACUCAGAGGAGGGCCCCAGACCUCGGUUGAGCUCAGCCGGUACAACCUCCACAGCCGCGGGGGAUGGACCCCGGGUGAGUUCUGUUGGUGUCUCCACCGGCCGACCCCGACUGAGUUUUGUGGGCAGAGGAGGAGAGGUGAUAGGACCUCAGCUGAGCUCUGUAGGCUCCUCCUUUACGGCCACGGGGGAUCAAGGCCAACCCAGCACCCAUCACCUCAAGCCCAGCACCAGCACCGACCGCUCCUCAGAAAACACCAAGACCCCAUCCUCAGUCAGCCUGGCCGAGUCGGUGCAGUCCACCACCCACAGUAGUGGCAAGCUGAGGCCCAGCAGAGUACAGAGUGUGGUCUCCAGUCAAGGCAGCCUGGACUCUGACAUGCUGGGUUAUGAUGGUGGCAGCAGUGACUCUGAGUGUGAGAGCCCCACUAUAGAAGAACAUGAGUCCCAGUCCCCCCUGGUGCCUGACUUCUGGCUCAUCGUUAAGAUCCACCAGGACAAAGUAGAGGUGUACUCCCACUCCAGGAGCUUCAACGAAGGGAAGGAGGACGGCGUAGGGGAGGAGGAGGAGGUGCCAGAGUACUUACAGUUGCAUCAGAUGAUGGUGAGGAAGAUUGGGGAGAUCUGCCGUAUGGUCAAUCAGCGUCUGCUACUCCAGGACCUCAAUGACAGCCACGUGUGUAACUCUCUUCUGGUGGCAGAGAGUGAAGAGGAUAUCUGGAAGAAUGAGUCCCUGUACAGACAGAGAAUCGCCAACUCUGAUGAUUACAAUGCUGAGGAGAACUACCAGCCGCGGGACUACCUUGCUGCCACCAUGCAGUUCAUCCCAGGUCACUUUGCCUGUGAGGUGGUGUGGAGCACCGUCAUCCACAUCCACCCUCGCCUCAAAAUGGGAACCAACGUGGGUGUGUCCAGGGCUAUCCAGGCUCUGCGGUCAGUGCUCAACGCCUUGUGUGUGGUCAACAGGAAGAGCAUGUUUGUCUAUCAGGAGCGCACUACCAAAUCAGUCUUCUACCUCAGACUUUGUGAGACAUCUCAAACAGGGAAGUACUCUGACCAGGAUGGCAGCCUACAGCUCAUGUCUCGCUGUGUCGGUCUCGCCCGGAGCCAGGAGCCCCUCUCCUCUGAGUUCACGGGCUCCUGGUCAUCUCUGGAAGGUGCCCGUCCAGUGGGACAGGUGGACAAACACAUCCUGUUGCUGGUGCAUGGAGUGGGAAGUGCUGCAAUGAAGGAGAAGAGGUCAGGAGAGGAUCCAUUUUUUGGAGGGGGCAAUUGGGAAAGAGCCAUGGUCUGCCUGGUCUGCAACACAGGCCCAGAGAUCACAGAUGAGCUGGUGAAGGUUCUGAGGAAACGUCUGGAUGAGACCACCCUGGACAUCAUCACCAUCAUGCUGGGCAGGAACUGCAAACUCACCCCCGCUGACGUGGAGUUUAUCCAGCCGUCAGGCUCUCCAGCCACUGAGGUGAUGGAGUUUACACUACCGCAGUGCUUCAUGCCCUGGACCCCUGCUGUGGCCCACUACCUCAGGCAGAACCUGCUCAUCUUCCUCCACAUCCCCAAGUACACAGACGGCUACGUAGAACACCACUUCAAGCACUACUUCCAUCAGAGCAGAGAGCUUCCUGACUCUGAUAUCUACCUCUACAAUAAGCCUGGGGGCCAGGGGACCGGAGGGAAAGGUACCAUGUCGGACCUCAUUCAGCACCUCUUCCCACCCUCUCAGUUCCAAGGUAUUGCCUGUAUCGCGCUGUCGUUCGUAGAUGCUCAAGGAUGCCCCCUGCAGGUUCUUGCCCACAACUGCACCACAUCACCCAGAGGAGAUCCCUCCAGCAUCCUCCUACAGCCAGAACAGUUUGACACCCUGACAACUGUCAUUAAGGUGGACUCCAACUACCUCAGCUCAGGGUCAGAGAUGAGGGUACGUUUUGACAUUUGGGAGCAAGGUAACGUUUCCCCCCUGCAGCUGACUGACAAACUGCGAGGAGCCCUGCGCCACACCCUCUGUGACGUCAUCAUGGAACUGAGGGUCCUGCCCAAUCCGCUGUGUCUGGAGACGUUCCUUACCACACCUGGGAGAGGUCAGAGAGAAGACACAACUAACGGUCAUUUAAGUUCUCCUCCAUUGGAAGUGAAGGAAUUUAAGGACAGCUUGAUGUCUUGUAGUGGCUCUAGGAGUGUUAAGAACAGCCCCUCCCCCUUCACUCUGAUCCCUCCCCCCUCUGGGACCAGCCCCAACACUGGACCAAGCACCCCCGAGUCUAACACACCCACCGGCAAGACCACCCGCCGAAGCUUCUGGGAAAUACUGAGCAAGCCAGACUCAUCUGAGCUGGAGAUCCCUAAGACGACAGACGACAUCGUUCAGGAGAAGGGGGAGGAGGGUCGGACACGUAGGAGACACAGGACGGAGAGCGUGAAGCAGCAGUGGAGCCAGGAGAGGUCCAUGGCUGUAGAACUGGAGCAGGCCCAGAGGAGACAUGUGUCCCAGCUAGAGGAGGGGAACGUUGGGACCCUACACCCUCUGUAUCAGGUCACCUGUCAGCCCUGGAUCACCUUCAUGGCUAACGUUGGAUGCCCGUCCAUUCAGCAGUGCACCGCUGAGAUUGCCUCCCAGUUCCUGCUUCCUCCCAUCCUGACAGAAAUUGUCAAUCUGGUCAGCUCCCUGGCCAGUGACACCACAGUCAAGGUGUUCGAGAGAAUGAGUUGUACCCAAGGAGACAUCUUUGUUCCCAUGCCUCUGAUCCAACACCUCAGCCAACCACCUGCCACAUCUAGAACCUUCAUCCUCAUUGGAAGGAACUUCCACCAGUGGCAUUGCUGCACAGAGCAAGAAGACAGUUCAGAUGAUGAGAACACCCCUGUGCUUAGUAAGUUCACACCUCAUAAAGGCUUCCAGCGCUUCGAGGCCUUGGAGCAGUCUGAUUGGUUCAGCCCAGGGCAGUCCUGGAGGGGUGUGGCCCCAAGGCAGAGGUUUCUCCUCAUACACAUCCUGAAGAAGAAGGUGACCCUGUACACCUAUAACUGGUCAGUGGACCUUGGAGCCUCUCUGAACCGUGGGCUGGUGAGGCUGGUCCAGUGGCAGAACGCCAGGGCCCACGUUGUCCACUGUCUCCUCAACCAGAAGAUGGGUCUCUUCCACCACUGCUGCUUCUCUGACACACCGGCCCACACAGAUCUCAAACAGCAGGAGCCCAACCCGUUCCUCAACCCGACCAUUGAGGCGGAUGCCCUGCUGAGGAGCCCGGUGCCCUGCAAAGACCAGGGCAAGCUGUCUAGCUCUGGCCGCUCCCUGGCCCUUCUCCACUUCCCCUCUGAGCUGGUGCCCUUUGACGAGGCCCUCAGGGACUUGGGGACGGGCCGACCCCUGGCCAGCAUUCAGGACGGGGCUGACGUGGUGGCUCGGCACGGGACCCAGCUACUGGAGGUCAAGGCUGCAGAACGCAGAGAGAUGGAGAAGCAGAUGAAGAUUGAGAAACUGUUUGUGACUUGGCAGCAGAGGUCAGCGCAGUCCAACAUGCCCACCUCAGCAUUGGACUUGGACACUCUGAAGCAGUCAUCCAGACUAGUGCACUACUGCGCCACCCCUCUGCUUUUUGACCCCGUGUUCAGGAAGCAGAUCCAGGAAGAGCAGAUUGUCCAAACUCAACAGGUCAAGAAGCGUCAUCACUCCAGUGACUCCACGGUGUCUGGCAGGGACCGUAGCUACAGCACAGACUCAGUUGACAAACUGCCUAGCCGGCUGAGAGAGGGGCCCUGGCUGCAGGACAUCUCUAACACCUUUCUCCAGCAGUAUGUCCAGUACCUCCAGAGUAUGGGCUUCAUCCUGGUCCAGGUCAGGCCACAGUCCCCAGCGCGCAGCAUCCCCAGGGCCCGGGCAGCCAUGUUCAGCUCAUUGUCGUCAGAGAGGCAGUCCUUCUCCUAUAACAAAACCAGGAGCGAGGACAGCCCUAAGAGCACAGGGUCGGAUAUUACCGCGUACUACCUCCAGAGGGCGCUGCCAGGGGGCAUCGUAUUGAUGGAGCUUGCCUUUCAGGGUUGUUACUUCUGUGUGAAGCAGUAUGCUCUGGAGUGUUCACUCAUCCCCAUGGGACAGACCGUCAACUCUCAGCUCUCCAUGCUCUUCACAGAGGAGUGUGAUAAGGUGAUUGGCCUGAUGCAUGUGCACUCGUUCAGCUAUGACUUCCACCUACGGGUGGUUCACCAGUCCCUCGUGGGCUGUCACAUGACCCUGCAGCAGGGAUACCGGCUGACCGGCUUCCUGGAGGACUUCAUAGCUCAUCACCCUGACAUCCCCAAGUUCAGACGAAACCACGUCUUCCAGGGGAGUUUCUCCAUCUCUACGGGGAUGAUCACAGCUCACCAGCUGUAUAACUACAUUACUGACCAUGCUGGCACCUACGGCAUGAAGCCCCUUCGCAUGUCCAAGGCUGCAAUGACCAGCGAUGGCAAGAAGGGGGCACCACCCAGCAGUGACCUGCAUGAGUACGGUCUGGUUGCACUGUGGAACAGCUCGGGCUCUUACAAGGACCUUGAAGGCCUGCGUCACCAUGACGAUUUUGACGUGUCCCUGCUGGUGUGUCACAAUGCCGCUCCGUUUGAGGAGCAGUCGGAGGGAGAGAGACAUCUGCUGAGGCUGCGUUACUACGUGAUAAUGACCAGCAAGAGAGAGCUGUUUCCCCGGCUGACGGCUGACAUGUGUCGCUUCAAAAAGCUUCCCCAGAUACACCAUGAGGUCAGCGACCUGGCAGGAAGGGUUCCCCCUGAGAGAGGUACAGAACCAGGCGGGGUAUUGGACCUUGAACUGGACCACUGGGAGGAGACCCCCCCUGCAGCCUCAGCCCCAGACACCUUCAUCUCUACCCCCAGCGUUGGGAACGAGUUCUAUCCCCUGACUGGCCCCCAAGGGUCUGGGGCCCAAGGUCUCCUCUACCCCUCUCAUCUGUUCCCCCUGCUCAACCAGGAGGUGGGCUGUGCGCAGAGUCAGAUCCAGGCGAGCGUGGAACAGGCCAUGGGCCACUGUCGCAGGGACAACCUGUGGAGGAGGCUGUUCCAUGGAGAACACCAGCACCUGGCCAUGAACAAGCUCAAGCUGAGCAAACUGUCCUUCGGCGAACUGGAGGAGCUCCUCAAUGCAGUGCAGAGUCAAUCUGUAGGGGAGAUUGACCCCCAGCUGGAUUGUUUCUUGACCAUGAGUCCCAGCUGGUACCAGAGUCUGAUCAAAGUGCUGCUGACUCGCUUCCCUCAGAGCUGCCGACACUUUGACCAGAGUGGCAUUCAGUAUCUGGCUGUCCUGAACCAGAAAUUCACUGACUGCUUUGUUCUGGUCUUCCUUGAAAAUCAGGCAGGAAAAACGAGCCUCAAGGUUGUAUUUAGGGAGCCAUUGCCAUCCCAACCGCAGCCUAGGAACAGCCCCUCGCCCCAGCUGGUGUCCAUGUACCAUCACCUGGAGUCUGUGAUCAACACAGCCUGCUACAACUUGUGGACAGGCCUGCUGUAGGCCUGGAGGGCCUAUCGGGGCCAGGUGGGCCACAGAGAAACAGGCUGCUGGAAGGUGUAGUUCCAGACGGGCGGCUUCAUUUCUAGGCCAAUUGGGACACAAAAAAGGAUGUUAUUGUUGAAAAGUGCUAAAUCAGCGAAUCAAAGAGAGUUCACAUGUUAAAGCUUCCUGUUCAAAUUAUCAGUGUUUUACUCAUUCUACCACUGGGAGAAAAGAUACACACUAUUGUUAAAGGGAUAGUGCAAGAUUUUGGCAAUGAAGCUGUACCUGUAGACUUCCAGUCAUUGCGCUAACGCUAGUUAUGCUCACAAAACUACCUUCAAAACUACCACAGAGACAUAGAAAUGGCAUCUGACAUUGCAAAAAAUCUUGCACUAUCCCUUUAAAGAUACGACCUUACCGGCCUGUGUCACGGUAAAAAGCUGAGGGAUGUGCCUGGAAAAAUUGGUAUCAAAAUUAUAGUGUUAACUUGUUUUGAGGGUGUAUAGUGUUUGUUUACAUUUACAUUGUUUACAAACAUUGGAGUAAAAUAAGAUUUAUACUUGUGGUUCUGAUAGGGUACCGCAGUUGAACCAAGUUAUAUUCUUUAAGAAUCAAUGGGUAUACAUCAUUAAUUUAGAUUAGCAAUGAACUAGCUUUAAAGCACAUGAAGGGCUCUAUUAAAUCAGAUCCGCUUUAGCCGACAUCCACAUAGCGGUUGUUUUGGCGGUGUCGGAGGUGAAGCAGCGUUAGAGCUGUCAAAUCCACAAGCGGCUCCUGGCAUUAUACAGUGCCUUCGGAAAGUAUUCAGAUCCCUUGACUUUUUCCACAUUUUCAUAUGUUACAACCUUAUUCUAAAAUGUAUUAAAUAGUUUUUUUUCCUCAUCAAUCUACACAAUACCCCAUAAUGACAAAGCAAAAAUAAGUUUGUAGAAAUGUUAGCUAAUUUAUUAAAAAAUGUCAAACUGAAAUAUCACAUUUAUGUAAGUAUUCAGACCCUUUACUCAUUACUUUGAGUAGUGAGUACUGACAGCGAUUACAACACCGAGUCUUCUUGGGUAUGACGCUACAUGCUUGGCACACCUGUAUUUGGGGAGUUCCUCCUAUUCUCUGCAGAUCCUCUCAAGGUCUGUCAGGUUGGAUGGGGAGCGUUGCUGCACAGCUAUUUUCAGAUCUCUCCAGAGAUGUUCGAUCGGGUUCAAGUCCAGGCUCUGGCUGGGCCACUCAAGAACAUUGAGACUUGUCUUGAAGCCACUCCUGCGUUGUCUUGGCUGUAUGC